GGGGCCUGUUGCCAACAGGAGUUGUACAGAUGUUCUGUGCUGCAUGAUCUUCUUACUGUUCAUUAUUGGCUACAUUCUUUUAGGACUUGUGGCCUGGGUACAUGGCGACCCUAGGAGAGUGGCUUAUCCUACAGACAGCCAGGGCCACUUUUGUGGCCAGAAGGGCACCCCCAAUGAGAACAAGACUAUUUUGUUUUACUUCAACCUGCUAAGCUGUGCCAGUCCCUCUGUAAUGGUAAACCUGCAGUGCCCUACCACACAGAUCUGUGUCUCCAAGUGCCCAGAAAAAUUUUUAACCUAUAUGGAAAUGCAAUUUUUGUACAAAAAAGACAAAAGCUACUGGGAAGACUACCGUCAGUUCUGCAAGACUAGUGCUAAGCCUGUGAAGUCUCUCCCACAGCUUUUACUGGAUGAUGAUUGUCCAACAGCGGUUUUCCCAAGCAAACCUUUUCUCCAGAGAUGUUUCCCUGACUUCUCUACUAGAAAUGGCAAUUUAACAAUAAGAAGUAGGAUGCUGUUUCAGGAUGGAAACGGAAGGACAAGAAGUGUUAUAGAACUCAGAGAGGCUGCAAAUCGUAUCAAUAAAAUCUUUGAGGCAAGGGCACUUGGAAUGAAAGUGUUUGAAGACUAUGCAACGACUUGGUAUUGGAUUCUCAUUGGCCUGACUAUCGCCAUGGUCCUUAGUUGGAUGUUUUUGAUACUCAUGAGAUUCAUAGCUGGAUUCCUCUUCUGGAUUUUCGUGUUUGGUGUGCUUGGAAUUAUAGGAUAUGGAAUAUGGCACUGUUACCAGGAAUACUGCAAUCUUCAGGACCAUCCAAAUGCUACGUUAUCUAUAUAUGACAUCGGGAUUCAGACUAAUAUAAGCAUGUACUUUCAACUGAAACAAACAUGGUUCACAUUUAUGAUAAUACUCUCCAUCAUUGAAGCGUCUGUCAUCCUCAUGCUGAUCUUCCUCAGGAAUCGAAUCCGUGUCGCCAUUUUCCUGCUGAAGGAAGGGAGCAAAGCCAUCGGACACAUCCCUAGUACCUUAAUUUAUCCAUUUUUAACUUUCAUUUUGCUCUCAAUCUGCAUUUCCUACUGGGUGGUGACAGCAAUUUUCUUGGCUACAUCAGGGGUACCUGUAUACAAAGUCAUAGCCCCUGAGGGGCAAUGUAUACAUGAAAAUGAAACCUGUGACCCAGAGAUUUUUAAUACAUCUGAAAUUGCCAAAGCUUGCCCUGGGGCUCUGUGUACCUUUGCUUUCUAUGGUGGAAAGAGCUUGUACCAUCAAUACAUCCCCACCUUCCAUGUAUACAAUCUAUUUGUCUUUCUCUGGCUUAUAAACUUUGUCAUUGCACUGGGUCAGUGUGCCCUUGCCGGUGCCUUCGCUACUUAUUACUGGGCCAUGAAAAAACCUGAUGACAUCCCACCACAUCCACUUUUUACUGCAUUUGGACGAGCCAUACGAUAUCACACAGGAUCCCUAGCAUUUGGAUCUUUAAUUCUUGCAUCAAUUCAAAUGUUUAAAAUGAUCCUACAGUACGUGGACCAACGUCUUAAAAGUAAGAUUGCAAAAUUUAUCUCAGACUUCCCUAUCUCUAUUGCAAUAUAUGGCAGAAACUUCUGCAGGUCAGCAAGAGAUGCUUUCAAUUUGCUGAUGAGAAACAUUCUAAAAGUUGCAGUUACGGAUGAAGUUACAUACUUUGUAUUAUUCCUGGGGAAAAUUCUAGUAUCUGGGAGUAUGGGUAUUCUGGCCUUCCUGUUCUUCACACAGAGAAUGCCAAUGAUUGCAGCAGGACCAACAUCUUUAAAUUACUACUGGGUACCUUUGCUGACUGUCAUUUUGGGGUCUUACCUGAUCGCACAUGGGUUCUUCAGCGUCUAUGCAAUGUGUGUUGAAACAAUUUUCCUCUGCUUUUUGGACGAUUUAGAAAGAAACGAUGGUUCUACUACAAGACCCUAUUACGUGAGUCAAUCUCUGCUGAAGAUUUUCCAGGAUAAAAAUGCACGAACUAAGAACAAGUAG